UCGUCCAGAACCCCCCUGCUCGAUCCCCAUACACCCGAGCAGCUGCUAGGGUUCCUAGCCGCCCCCUCCACCACCGCGUGCCAAGCCACCGGCACCGCUUCCCCUCCACUAUCGCGUGCCAAGCCACCGGCGCCGCUUCCCCUCCACAACCUCCUCUUCCUACACUGCUCGUCGGACCUCCUCCCUCCCCCUCCCCACCUCAAAAUAGGAACACAACAAAAAAUCCCCAUCCUAUCCAUUGUCGGGCGACUCGUCGCCAACGGGGCCGCCUGUGCCACGGGAGUACUACGCUGGAACCGCCGCAGCAGUCGUGACCGCUGCGACCUCCACUGCCAUCCCACGCUGCACCUCUUCCUCUCUCGUCCCCGAUCUCGGAGGUGGGAUUGCAGUGGGUGUAGUGAAGUAGAGGGGAGAUCUGGGCACCGGAGCGGAGGAGGAGCAAGGUGGACCAGGCCACGCACAAAUCAAGGGUCAUCCUACCCGUGCCAGGCAUACCCAUGCCUGGUUGAUGUUGAUCUGAUGCCAUAAUGCACACAAGGUGUUUGAGUGCCAACACCCGUAGGCUGCCGGUCCAGCCAUAUGGAAGAUGCACUGGAGAUCAAGGACGUGGAAAAAAUCGUAGAGGCAAUCCUCAUCCGCCUCCCGCCUGGUGAGCCUGAGAAUUUCGUGUGUGCAUCCCUCGUCUGCCAACUGUGGCGCCGCCUCCUCUCCGACAAUGGCUUCCUCAACCGUUAUCGAGAUCUCCAUAAUACACCACCUAUGCUCGGACUUCUCCACAAUUGGGUCAUCUGGUUCCCCAUGAUGGGCAACACCAGGGAGCUGCCGGCACCACAGAGAGGCGACAGUUGGAAUACUUAUGAAUGUGCAACUGUGCUUUGUGCCGUUGACGGUUGCGACCAUGGGGCUUGCCAAUCGGGCCCAUUUUUUGUGGUCUCCAUCAGCCUUGACGAGGAUAAGGUGGCCACGACAAUCAUGUAUUCGUCGGACACGGGUACUUGGAGCACCCCGGCCUCCCUUGAUCUAGGUUUUAUUGAGAGUGAUAUCAGUAUCUCUUGGAUGCACGGUGUGCUCUCCGGAGGCGCGCUACAUUUUAUCUUGAUGCACGACGAUGCUCGUCUUGGUGUACUUAAGUAUGACUUGGGGACGUCUUGCCUAUCAGAGAUUGAGCCGGCGUUUGAGAUUCAGAGUGCCCGCUUUGACUCUCAUGCCCUGAUUGCACCGGAGGACGGCCAACUGGGGAUUGCGAGGCUCAGUGGUUUCAAUCUCUCCGUGUACUGGAGGGAGGUUUGUCACGACCAGGUUGCAACGUGGACAAAAUCUGAAGUCAUUGACCUAAAGAAGCAUCUCCUUGCAAGCAAUCCCAUGAUCUCACAUACCGAGUUGGUUGGCUCUGUUGAAAGAACGACUAUCAUCUUUGCAACCACAAAUAUUGGCACCUACAUGAUUGAUCUCAAGUCACUAAGGUCGAAGAAGCUCACGAGCGAGCUUCGUCUUUUCAACCAUCCAUGGGCUCUGUUCCCCUAUUUUAGCUUCUACAAUCCCCAGCGGGACAAGUUGAGAACGCGGUCGAUUUAGGAGAAAGUGAAAUGGGAAGCAUUGAUGAGGAAUCAGGAGAGAGUGAAUUUCGAAGCAGUGACAAGGAACCAUGAGAAAGUGAUGCUGGAAGCAGCGACGAGGAAAUGAGAAAGCUGAUGCUUGAAGCACCGAUGAUGAAGCAGAAGAAGCCGAAGCUAGAAACAUCAAUGACGAAGCAUAGACCUUGGGUGAGGGCUUGAAGCAAGGUCAUUUUGUCUACCAUUUUGAUAUUGUUUCUCGUUCAAGGCCCUACCAGUCAGUAACUAAAGUGUACUUAUAAACCUGGCAAAGUUGUUGUGUGAAUCCCAAAUAAGUAGACUUGUCGUGGAGUAGUCGAUUGUUGCAACUAAGCCAUGACUUCAGGUUUUGUGUCAGAGUCGGAACAUGGUGCUUUCAAAAUAGAGUGCGCUUGCAUUCGUAUAA